UACAGGUAGAAGAUACAGACAGCAUAGAUAUAUCAGAAUUAGAGCUCAGAUUUAGCAAUUCACCUCUUUGUCUAAAAGUCUGAUCUCUCUCUUCAAAUCAGAGAGAGAGAAUGGACAGUGUGUUUUCUGUGGACGACAUUGCAGAUCAGCUGUGGUCAUCGCCGCCGCCGAUGCGUUUGUCUCAUGAAUUGGAUUCAUCUUCCACCACGUCGUCAUCGAAGAUGAUGAACAGGAGCUCGUCGGAAUGGGCUUUUCAGCGAUUCCUUCAAGAGGCCACAGCCGCCGACACUACUACUUCCUCGUCUUCUUCGCAGCAGAUCAAGGAUCAGACGCUUAGUCAGAAUUUAAUCGCUGAUCAACCGAAGCCGCCUAUGUCCAAUACGGCAUCGUUUGGCUCCGAACCUCCUCCAAAUAUUCCGAUUGAUUCCGAUGAAUACCAAGCUGUCCUCAAAAAACGCCUUGAUUUGGCUUGCGCCGCCUUCGCUUUGACUCGUGCAAACUGUGUAAAACCUCAAGAUUCAGUUUCUUUGCCAUCCGAAAAAGGAUCACUGUCGGCUACUGCAUCACAAUCUGGAUCUCAGGUUCCUCCAAAAGCAGGAUUUGGACAGGAAUUGGCAAAAGUUCAAGAUAAGGAUGCUGAUGAGCCAGUUGGAAUACCCCCCUUGCCUGCAGUGCAGAAGAAACCUGGGAUCCAGGUAAGAUCAACAACAAGUGGUUCAUCUGGGGAGCAAUCAGAUGAUGAUGACGCUGAAGGAGAAACAACUCAAUCAACAGAUCCAACUGAUGUGAAACGAGUGAGGAGAAUGCUAUCCAAUAGAGAAUCAGCUAGACGCUCCAGAAGAAGAAAGCAGGCCCAUCUGACAGAAUUAGAGACACAGGUCUCUCAAGUAAGAGUAGAAAACUCCUCUUUAUUGAAACGCUUUACUGACAUAAGCCAGAAAUACAAUGAAGCAGCUGUUGAUAAUAGAGUAUUGAAAGCAGAUGUUGAGACAUUGAGAGCAAAGGUGAAGAUGGCUGAAGAAACUGUUAAAAGAGUUACUGGGUUAAACCCGCUAUUCCAAGCUAUGUCUGAGAUAUCCACAAUGAUGAUGCCAUCUUUCACUGGCAGUCCUUUUGACUCAUCAGCAGACGCUGCUGUUCCUGAACAAGAUGACCCCAGACAUCACUACUAUCAAGCACCGGAAAAUAGUCAUAUGCCCAAUCAUACUCCUAGAAUGCAAAAUGGUAUGAUAGAUAUUCCUUCCAUGGAAAAUGCACAUCAGAGUUCUGCAGCAGAAGCAAUCGGGGGCAAUAAGAUUGGCAGAACUUCUUCAAUGCAGCGGGUGGCUAGCUUGGAGCAUCUGCAGAAGCGCAUGCGUGGAGAAGCGAGUACUUGUGGAACCCAAUGCGGGAAAGAGCAAUAGCGACUUAGUAAGCAGAAGAGUUAACAACUGCAAGAUAUUUCACAUAAAAAUAUUGUAAAAGAAUACAUAUCAUAUCACUUUGAAAAAAUAUAUAUCUUUCUUAGCAUAAUGAGUCUAUCUGAGGCAGAAACUGACUAUUCUGUAUACCAAUGUCUUUUUGA